GCAAUUUCGAGAUUUGACAAAAAAAAAAAAAAAAAAAAAAUCCGUGGAAAACAAGGCAAAAUAAAGGUUCCGAAAUCGGUGUGCAGGCAGGCAGUGGUUUAGAGGAAUAUUGGGACCCUUCGUCCUUACCGAGAAUUUUAGUGUUUGGGCUUGAGCAGCACGUUCUCCUAUAAAGCUGAUCACUCACAAGAUGCGGAGAUUCUUGAUUAGCCAAGCUAAAACUCUCGCCGACCAAAUUCGUCGUCAACAUCACACAAGCCGACGCUUUCUCUCUCUUCUUCCAUCUCUGUCUCCUCCUGUUCCUUCUCCUCUUCUUUCUCUGUCUCGUUUCUUGUCUUCUGCUUCGAAUAUGUCUGCUUCUGAUUCCACUUCCUCUCUUCCCGUUACUCUUGACUCCAUCAACCCCAAGGUUCUGAAAUGUGAGUAUGCUGUUCGUGGAGAGAUUGUCAACAUCGCUCAGAAGUUGCAAGAAGACUUGAAAACCAAUAAGGAUGCGUAUCCUUUUGAUGAGAUAAUCUAUUGCAAUAUUGGGAAUCCUCAGUCUCUUGGUCAGCUGCCUAUAAAGUUCUUCCGAGAGGUUCUCGCGUUGUGCGAUCACACAAGCCUUUUGGACGAGUCUGAAACACAUGCUUUGUUCAGUACCGAUUCAAUUGACCGAGCAUGGAAGAUUUUGGACCAAAUUCCUGGAAGAGCUACUGGUGCUUACAGUCACAGCCAGGGUAUCAAGGGGUUACGUGAUACAAUUGCAGCUGGAAUCGAAGCUCGUGAUGGUUACCCUGCUGAUCCGAAUGAUAUUUUCUUGACCGAUGGUGCAAGUCCUGCGGUUCACAUGAUGAUGCAACUUCUUUUAAGCUCAGAGAAAGAUGGAAUUCUCUGCCCAAUUCCUCAGUAUCCAUUAUACUCUGCUUCAAUUGCCCUCCAUGGUGGAUCUCUGGUUCCGUACUAUCUUGAUGAAGCAACAGGCUGGGGACUGGAAAUCUCUGACCUUAAGAAGCAGCUAGAGGAAGCUAGGUCUAAAGGAAUCACUGUAAGAGCAUUGGUUGUCAUAAACCCCGGUAACCCAACUGGGCAGGUUCUUGCGGAAGAAAACCAGCGUGACAUUGUUAAAUUCUGCAAGCAAGAGGGUUUGGUUCUUUUAGCUGACGAGGUCUACCAAGAAAAUGUUUACGUCCCUGACAAAAAGUUCCAUUCUUUCAAGAAAGUAGCCCGAUCCUUGGAAUAUGGCGAGAAGGAUAUCGCCUUAGUCUCGUUCCAAUCAGUCUCCAAAGGUUACUAUGGAGAAUGUGGGAAGAGAGGAGGUUACAUGGAGGUUACCGGAUUCACUUCCGAUGUAAGAGAGCAGAUAUACAAAGUUGCUUCUGUGAAUCUUUGUUCAAACAUCUCUGGUCAAGUUCUUGCUAGCCUUGUCAUGAGCCCACCCAAGCCUGGCGAUGACUCAUAUGACUCAUACAUGGUAGAAAGAGAUGGAAUCCUCUCUUCCAUGGCAAAACGUGCAAAGACUCUUGAAGACGCUCUUAACAACUUAGAAGGCGUAACAUGUAACAGAGCCGAAGGAGCGAUGUAUCUGUUUCCACGUGUUAAUCUUCCUAGAAAGGCGAUUGAAGCUGCAGAGGCAGCAAAGACAGCACCAGAUGCGUUCUACUGCAAACGCCUUCUCAACGCCACUGGAAUAGUUGUUGUCCCUGGUUCUGGCUUCGGACAGGUUCCUGGAACAUGGCACUUCAGGUGCACAAUACUUCCGCAAGAAGACAAGAUUCCGGCGAUAGUGAAUCGUCUCACAGAUUUCCACAAGAGCUUCAUGGACGAGUUCCGCGACUAAAGGCACUUGAAGAAUGAGCGCCAUGACCUUUAUAGAGAGAUCUUUAAAGCGUGAUUAAUAAAGUUAUUUAACAAAAAAAAAGGGGUCAAGAGUCUCUGUUUGUUUAAUCAAAGCACUUGUGAUUUUGGCAAAACAGUUCUGCAGUUGAGUUGAAUAUAUAAACUAUAAAUUAAUUUUGAUAAAGUCUCCGAAAUUGAAAACGAACAUUGGGCUUAGUAAUGGGCCUUAAUGGAUAAUCUGACCUGAAGUGAGAGUAAAUUAUCAAUUCUCCCAAUUUGAGGAAUUUUCUCAAAAACUGAGAAAGAAAAACAAAAUCAAUGUGGCGAAGAUCAGCGUCGUUUAUCCUCGACGAGCGACGGAGCUCGAAUUCACCGGAAGCCAUGGCCGACACGACGCGAGGCCCAUUUCAAAACACUGACGCCAUCUCCGCUUACUACCAGACCCGCGCGGCGCACCACGUCGUCAUUACAAGCGACUGGCUAGCCCAGGCUCAAGCCGCCGUGGGAGACGUCUCCGGCGAGGAGCAGCCUGCGUCGGCGGUCGCUGAGCUCGGGAAGGAGAAGGCGUUUAGUGUAAUUGAGGAGUUCAACAGCUGGCGAAAACAGCCGGAUCUGGCGGAGGCCGUCGCGGCUAUCAGAGCUCUGGCUGCGGUUAUUCGUGCGAGCGAGGCCACCACCAUGAUGGAGCUUGAGAUUGAGCUCAAAAAGGCUUCCGAUACACUGAAGUCAUGGGACAAAACAUCAAUCUCCUUGACUGCUGGGUGCGAUCUGUUCAUCAGAUACGUCACGAGGACGUCUGCUUUAGAAUACGAGGAUUUCAAUUCAGCGAAGUCUCGUCUCCUUGAACGUGCUGAGAAAUUUGGGGAGAUAUCUUGCAAGGCUCGUAAGAUUAUUGCAAUGCUUAGUCAAGAUUUUAUAUUCGAUGGUUGUACGAUAUUGGUUCAUGGACUCUCUAGAGUUGUUCUGGAGAUACUAAAGACAGCUGCACAAAACAACAAGCUCUUUCGAGUUCUAUGCACAGAGGGAAGACCCGAUGGAACAGGAGUUUUGUUAUCGAAUGAGCUAUCGAAGCUCGAUAUCCCGGUGAAACUGCUUCUGGAUUCAGCUGUGGCGUAUAGCAUGGACGAGGUUGAUAUGGUGUUUUUCGGGGCAGAUGGAGUUGUAGAGAGUGGCGGUAUUAUCAACAUGAUGGGAACAUACCAGAUCGCACUCGUCGCACACAGCAUGAACAAACCUGUCUAUGUCGCCGCCGAAAGUUACAAGUUCGCUAGGCUUUACCCAUUAGACCAAAAGGACAUGGCACCGGCGCUGAGACCGAUCGAGUUUGGUAUAAAGAUUCAUGCAAAGGUGGAAGUAGAAAGGUCGGCUAGAGAUUAUACUCCGCCUCUGUACCUAACGCUCCUCUUCACUGAUCUUGGUGUUCUCUCUCCCUCCGUAGUUAGCGAUGAGCUUAUUCAACUCUAUCUCUAACUCUUUUAACUCCCUAAAUUUAAUUUUGCUUUGCUUACGAAAUUUAAAUUUGGAAAUUAUAAAUUUUUGUUCCUUCAAGAAUCGUCAAAGUUCAUGUGUUGAUUUCGUUGUUGCCUCACGUUUAAUUAUAUAUUUAGUUUUGAACGGUCAGCAUUUGAUAGAACGC